AUGUUGAUGCCUCGGAAGCACAUGCGUCGUGGCGGAGACACGACCUCAGACCCCAACCAUGGUGUACGGCAUAGACGUGGACGACCUAUGAAACGAGUAAACCAGCUCAAGCCUUCUCGCACAGCUCGAACCCUACGAGCCAACCUUAUCCGCGAACAGCUCACAGGAGAGAUCGAACCUCGAAAGAAAGUAUCCGCUCUCGAAUCACUGCCAGUUGAGAUCAUCGAGCAGAUCUUUUUCCAUUGCUUGGAGUUGAAUCUCCCUAGGGCAUCGGUACAUCUAGCCAGAGCUCUGUCCAGACCUUCCGUCUAUUCCGUACUGGUCCUAUUCGCCUUUUUUGAAGCAGAUGAAACGAGUCACGUGGAGACUCGCCACUUCUCGCCUGCAACUUUCAGAUUGAUUGGAUUCGACGAACAGCGACGUCUACAGGAAGCCAUAUUGGUCACCAGAUGGUGCACUCCCGAAUUUCUCCAGUUUUGCGUCCCGGCGCUGAACAGAUUGGCCAUGGUCCGACACUGGCACCGUGAAAGAGAGCUGUUGACGGCUGCAAGAUCUGCAGGGAUCCUCUGGACGCGAGGUGGUCAAUCUGCCCAGCUUCCCGACCUCGAUAUCCUUCUCCCAGCGAUUGACGAUGAAAUCGGCAUACAAGAGUACUUCGGCUUGGGGUUAGCCAUUCCAGACAUACAUUGGCUUGGGGCAGUGACAUAUGAUAGCAUAAAUACAUCACCCUCCCUAUUCAUCAAGACUACGUAUCUCUCAGAUCUCCCGGUCCGGUCUCAGCCACAACCUAAAGAGGUCUGGCUCGAGCGUGUGAUGGAGAGUGUACUCGCAGUACACACCAUUCCAGAACACCUCGUGCGCCGAAAAACAUGGACGUACAGGGAUGUCGGACUCCUCCGACUGUUGCUCCGAGCCCUGGACAUCAGAGAUAGCAGCCUGCCGGAUAACAAGGACUGGGGUCCCAUCCGGAGGGGUCCUUCGCCGCAAGCAACAUUCGAGGGCAUGGCGAAUGCCGUCCGAGAGGGUAACAGAAUGGCUCUUGAAGUGCUGAUCGACGUAUAUAACUCGAUCGUGAAGCUUGAAUACCCGAACCAGCCACUGCCGUUGCGACUAUUCCACCUGGUAUGCGAAAGAGGACAAGACCCCACGAAAGGGACAGACCUGCAAGGAAGCAUAAUUUCCCUCCUACUGGACAACGCCGCCGAGCAAGUCCCCGCGGAUGACGAGAUCCUCACGCGCUGGGCUAUCCACGUGACGAACCCGGCCGCCACAACAAAGCAUCAUGACAUUACCGUCGCUACUGCAACCAGGUUGCUCCAACACAUGGAGGACCAAGGGCGGCCGUCGAACGAUUUGGCCGAUCAUGCCGUUAGUGCUUGA